AUGCUGGAAAAGGUCGGAGGCUUUCAAACUGAGAAGCGAGGAGAAGUAAUUAUUAAGGGCAAAGGAGUCAUGGAGACGUACUGGUUGCUCGAACAGUCGAAUGAUGGAGAGGAUAUGCCAAGUGCUAAGCAGCGGGACGACGCACCACAUUCCGCGACAAACGUUCUACCUGAUAGCAACACAUCACAAGGCGAUCGUCCUGAGGAGAGCAGUGUAACUCCAACUGGUCUCUACGAAGAAUACAAAAAUUCGAGUACCAAACAGCAGUCAUCAUUCGAUAGUGAUCUCACAGAACCAGCAUAG